GGCCGGGGGAGGGCGGGGGAGCCCGCGGCGCGCGCGCCCGCCCGCCUGGCCCGGCGCCGCCUCAGAGGGGCCCGAGCCGCCCGGUGCGCCGCCUCCUGCCGCUGCGUCCCUGCCGGGCCGAGCCAGCAGAGCCGGGCCGGAGCGGCGGGCGCCGCUGGGCCGCCAUGGACCACAAGCCCCUGCUGCAGGAGCGGCCGCCCGCCUACAACCUGGAGGCCGGUCAGGGCGACUACGCGUGUGGCCCACACGGCUACGGCGCCAUCCCCACCGCGCCCCCGCCGCCGCCCUACCCCUACCUCGUCACAGGGUUACCCACCCACCACCCCAGGGUCUACAGCAUCCACAGUCGGACUGUCACCCGCUACCCGACCAACUCCAUCGUCGUGGUCGGAGGUUGUCCGGUCUGCAGGGUCGGGGUGCUGGAGGAUGUCUUCACCUUCCUGGGCAUUUUCUUGGCCAUCAUCUUGUUUCCCUUUGGGUUCAUCUGCUGUUUUGCCUUGAGGAAGCGAAGAUGCCCCAACUGUGGAGCGACCUUUACUUAAAGGGAACACACCGGCUCUCCUACCCCCAGCUGUCUUUUUCUAAUGUAAAUGUCGUGUACAAUAGUUUUAUUUGAUUAAGCUUUGGGACUGUUUUGUAAAGCAAGGUGGGAUAGAGGCCACACAGAAGGCAGGCAGCGCUGCUGCUGCUGCUGCUCUGAGGUUCAUGACAACUCAAUAAAGCACUGCUUUUAUUUUUUACAGUCUUCAAUUUGAGAAAGGUGAGAAAAAAUGUUUUCAAUAAAUGAGAUUCAUACCAUU